GAUUAAAAGUUAUAACCCACUAUUUAUCCACAGAAAAAAGUACCAACUCGAGACAUGCCUAGCGGGGGCCGCUGCGGAGCGCCUCUCAACCGCUCGGAGUUCCUCCGACGAGACCGGUGGCAGUUCCGCCGACUCGGAGGGCGCGGGCCCCGGCGGCGCCCCGCCCGCGCCCGCGCCGCCGCUGCCGGGGCCCCGGACGGACGCCGCCGCGCCCCGGAGGCCGAGGAGGGAUGAGUACGACUCGUCGGCGACGGAAACUGCCGAUGAGGAGAACGAUGCGCCUAGCGCUAAGAUCCUCCCUCCCACAUCUCUACCCCCAGUAUCAUCGGCGCCCCCAUCCACGCCUUGCAGCGUGGCCCCCGCCGCUACGGGGCCCACGGGGCCCACGGGGCCCAACGGGGGCGCCGGGGCGCUGCGCAACGGGCCCCACGCCGCGCCGCUAACGGUGCGAGACGUGGUGCUGAAUAUGAUCGAGAUUAGCUUGACGAAGAACAAACAACCGGCGCCCGCGCAGAAACCUAACCAGUUGAAAGUCAGCUCAACGACCGGCGGUCGGGAAACAUUAGCUACCCUCAGCGUAGUGAACAGUUCUCACCAGCGCACGUCACCGCGGUCACCUCACAGACCUGCCACCAUCACGCCGCUGGCCCAGCCGCAGCAGCAGCAGUCACAGCAACAGCAGCAGUCGCAGCAACAGCAACAGCAGCAGCAACAGCAGCAGAAGGACGGAGUGGUGGUGCUACACAUAGAGCCGCGAGCGGAGCCGCUGCUAGACUUAAGCGUCAAGCGGCCGCGACACGAAUUGGCCUUCCCUCACCCCAAUAAGCCUCCGUACCGCAACUCAAAUGAGUACCAACCCGCGUACCGCCAAGCGGAGCGGGAAUCGCCCACGCCAUACAACAGCUCGGCCAAGGGCUCUCCCGCGCCCGCGCGGCCCGCGGCCAAGACCGCCGCCAACCCCAAGGGUUCAAUAACUCUCGGCACGCCGGUCGAAACCCGCUUCGAGCCGCGCCGGACGCCGCCGGAACCUAAAGGCGGCUCCAUCACCGCCGGAACGCCGGUGCACCACGACAAGCGGGGCUUCGAGUUCUACAAGCGACGGAGCCCGAGCGGGCCCUACUACGGAGCGCCGCAGCAACCGAGGCCUCAUUCACCAUCGUUUUCGCAAAACGCAACGGCAGCCGGCUACUCCCGGAGUCCAUACGGGCUCGAACAACGCCAAAUCAUCAUGGCGGACUUCAUUACCUCGCAGCAGAUGCACGGCGGCGCGCGCCGUGACCGGGACCCACCGCGGGACCCUCCUCGGGACCCACGGGACCCUAGAGACCCACGGGACCCUAGAGAUCCGAGGGACCCUAGAGAUCCUAGAGACCCUAGGGACCCUCGGGACCCAAGGGACCCUAGGGACCCUAGAGACCACAGGGCGCCAUCGCCGCAAUACUCGCCAAGGAGGGAAAGAGAGGGACCAGUGUCGGUCAUUCAGAGGCACUCCUAUCAUCCGCAUCCUCAUCCGCAUCCUCCUCCAGGUCACGAAGCUUUCAAUUCGCUUGUAGACGUGGCGUCGGCAGCCAGCGCCCUGCCCGUGCCGCGGCCCGAGCCCAAGCCCGAGCCCAAGCACCUGCCGCUCGUGUCCCACCACCAUGACCUAGGCUGCCACCAAGACAUCAGUUAUGUAGAUCCCCACUUCCCUCGUUCCCUGACAUUCCACAAGCUAGCUAACCUGACCCCAAGCAUCUGCCGCUCGUCUCCCACCACCAUGACGUCAGUAAUACAUAAUUUAUGUUACUUUUUGGUUCAUAUUAACGUUUUUAUUGUUAUGCCUAUCCAAAAGUAUCUCAAAAACGUGUACUUUUCACAGAACGCAACGGCAGCCGGCUACUCCCGGAGUCCAUACGGGCUCGAACAACGCCAAAUCAUCAUGGCGGACUUCAUAACCUCGCAGCAGAUGCACGGCGGCGCGCGCCGUGACCGGGACCCACCGCGGGACCCUCCUCGGGACCCACGGGACCCUAGAGACCCGAGAGACCCUAGAGACCCUAGAGAUCCUAGGGACCCUAGGGACCCUCGGGACCCAAGGGAUCCUAGGGACCCUAGAGACCACAGGGCGCCAUCGCCGCAAUACUCGCCAAGGAGGGAAAGAGAGGGACCAGUGUCGGUCAUUCAGAGGCACUCCUAUCAUCCGCAUCCUCAUCCGCAUCCUCCUCCAGGUCACGAAGCUUUCAAUUCGCUUGUAGACGUGGCGUCGGCAGCCAGCGCCCUGCCCGUGCCGCGGCCCGAGCCCAAGCCCGAGCCCAAGCACCUGCCGCUCGUCUCGCACCACCAUGACGUCAGACUUCAAGACAGAAUGCAGAGGGACAUGGCGAUAGCACAGAAGUACCAUCAACAGCAUUUACAAUACCAGGUACAUGUGUUAGAACGAGACAGAAGAGCGCAGCAGGCGCAAUUCCUAGAAAGAGACAGACAAAUUGCGAUACAACAAAAUAGAGAACGCGAGCGCGCAAUGGCGGCGAUGCAAGAGCGACACAUGUCCAUGGAUCAACAGCAUCAGCAACAUCAACAGCAGCAUCAGCAGCAUCAACAGCAACAACAACACCAGCACCAGCAGCACCAGCAACAACAUCAGCAGCAUCAGCAACAGAUGCACGAGCGUCAUCAUUUGCAACACCAACAGGUGGUGUCAUCCCAAGAGAAUGAGAGAAGAAACGCAGGCGCGGCCGCGGCCUACGCUCAGCACAAACACCGCGCGCUCACGCCGCACCAUAUAGAAAGGAAGGACGCUCGUCCAGCAGUAUCAGUGAGCACAGUUAACACGGCGCCCGCCCAAGCCGCGGCGGCCAACGCGGCGGCAAACGCGGCGGCGACGGCGGAGGCGCGCCGAGCGGAAGGCACGCUGACGGCCGCCUCGCUCAUCGACGCCAUUAUCACGCACCAGAUCAGCCAGAGCACGGACCCUCAGAGGUUCCCGCUAGGCCACCACCAGUACAUCAGUUAUGUAGAUCCCCACUUCCCUCGUUCCCUGACAUUCCACAAGCUAGCUAAGCCCGAGCCCAAGCACCUGCCGCUCGUCUCCCACCACCAUGACGUCAGACUUCAAGACAGAAUGCAGAGGGACAUGGCGAUAGCACAGAAGUACCAUCAGCAGCAUUUACAAUACCAGGUACAUGUGUUAGAACGAGACAGAAGAGCGCAGCAAGCGCAAUUCCUAGAAAGAGACAGACAAAUUGCGAUACAACAAAAUAGAGAACGCGAGCGCGCAAUGGCGGCGAUGCAAGAGCGACACAUGUCCAUGGACCAACAGCAUCAGCAACAUCAACAGCAGCACCAACAACAUCAACAGCAACAACAACACCAGCACCAGCAACACCAGCAUCAACAACAACAUCAGCAGCAUCAGCAACAGAUGCACGAGCGUCAUCAUUUGCAACACCAACAGGUGGUGUCAUCCCAAGAGAAUGAGAGAAGAAACGCAGGCGCGGCCGCGGCCUACGCACAGCACAAACACCGCGCGCUCACGCCGCAUCAUAUAGAAAGGAAGGACGCUCGUCCAGCAGUAUCAGUGAGCACAGUUAACACCGCGCCGGCCCAAGCCGCGGCGGCCAACGCGGCGGCAAACGCGGCGGCGACGGCGGAGGCGCGCCGAGCGGAAGGCACGCUGACGGCCGCCUCGCUCAUCGACGCCAUCAUCACGCACCAGAUCAGCCAGAGCACGGACCCUCAGAGGUUCCCGGUGAGUCAUCAUCAUCAUCAUGGCAGCGAUAGGCUUCCCCCAAUAAGCGAGCGAGUGAUUCCAGCCGUAUCAGUGAGCACAGUUAACACGGCGCCCGCCCAAGCCGCGGCGGCCAACGCGGCGGCAAACGCGGCGGAGACGGCGGAGGCGCGCCGAGCGGAGGGAACGCUGACCGCCGCCUCGCUCAUCGACGCCAUCAUCACGCACCAGAUCAGCCAGAGCACGGACCCUCAGAGGUUCCCGGACCCGCCCGAGCGCGGGCCCACGCCGCACGAGGCGCCGCGAGACGAGCCGCUGGCACACACCACCAGCAUCAAGCUGGGGGACCUCGCCUCCAACAUCAUCACCAGGGACUUCUGCAGUCCCACCACCUCCAUCAUGCACCACAACAGUCGCUUCGGCGUGACAACCUCGGAAGGCUACACGGUGUCCGUCUCAGCCAGCGGCGCGGCGGCCGCGGCCGAAGACUGGAAGCGCCGUGACGCGCCCAAGCACGCGCCAUACUUGUUGGAGCCUGUCUCGCCGCCGGACAACCACCACGCUAACAGAAACAACAACAGCAGCAACCGGCGUUACAGCGGCGUUAGCGGCGUCAGCGGCGUCGGCGGCGUCGGCGGCGGCGUCAACGUCGGCGGCGGCGUGCUCACCGCCUUUGACUACGUCACCAACCGCAUAGUUGAAGUCAUGAGGAGUGACGCUGAUGAGAGAGCGAAACCACUAGCGUUCCCGCCUACCGCCUACGCGUAUCCGUAUUCCGCCCUAAACGUGGCCACGCCCGCCCAGCCGCCUGCCAUGCCCGCACCACAUACUGAAGCGCCAGGCAGCAGCAGUAGCAGCGCCGUGGCGCCGGAGCCGGCGCCGCUGAUGUCUGCGCAGUACGAGCCGCUGUCCGACGAGGACUGACGAGCCGCCCCCGCGCCGCCUCCGCAGGGCCGCCGGUAACCCCGCGGCUGGGGACAUCGCGACUGGGAAGGGACCGCGUCUAGGAAGUACGCCACUAGGAUGUGGGCCACCCCUAGGAAGUGAGGUACACCUGGCGAGUGUACCGUCCUUGGGAAGUACGCCCCUAGAAAAUGGACCGCUAGCCAGAAGACCGGCCCUAGCGCGUCCUUGGGAAGUGGGACGUCGCUUAGGAACUAGCCAGAAGACCGGCCCUAGCCAUUGAAAUGGGACGCCUCUAGCGAGUGUACCGACCCUAGGAAGUGAGACGCCCCUAGCGAGUGCACCGACUCUAGGAUGAGACCGCACCUAGAAUGUGGGCCACCCCUAGGAUGGGACCGCGUCUAGGGAGUGGGACGCUCCUAGCCAGUGUACCGCCCUAGGAAGUGGGACGCCCCUAGGAAGUACGCCUCUAGAAAGUGAACCGCUAGCCAGAAGACCGGCCCUAGCGAGUGUACCGACCCUAGGAAGUGGCACGUCGCUAAAGUGGGACGCCCCUAGGAAGUAUGCCCAUUGAAAGUGAACCGCUAGCCAGAAGACCGGCUCUAGCGAGUGGUCCGCCCGUGGGAAAUGGGACACAUGUAGCGAGUGUACAGUUCCUUGGAAGUGGGACGUCGCUAGGAAGUGAUACGCCCCUAG